GCUGUUCGUCACUAAAAAUAUACAUAUACACACUUUUACACACGUAUACGCCUAUACAAACGGUCAUAUCUAUUUGUUUAUUAAUUCAUUAUAUAUAGUUUUCUCAAUAAGCAUUAAAUAUCUCUCUCAUUAAAAAACACCUCAAACGAUUCACGGGUUUCACUUGGAAUCGUUUGAUUUUCUCAUUUUACCGAAACUAGCAAAAUGGCCAAAGCGCCACCCUCAAUCUCUCUCUUCCUCCUCCUAUCCGCCGUCGUAUUCAUCACCCUCCCCGCCGUGAUUUCCGCCAUCGGCGUUAACUACGGCACUCUCGGAAACCUCCCGCCGCCGUCUCAGGUGGCGAAUUUUCUCAAGACUCGGACUUCGAUCGAUAGCGUCAAGAUCUUCGAUGUGAAUCCCGAUAUCCUCCGUGCCUUCGCCGGAACUGGAAUCUCCGUCGUCGUCACCGUUCCUAACGGUGAUAUUCCGGCGUUAGCUAAUGGAAGACAAGCUCGUCGGUGGGUUUCGGCAAAUAUUUUGCCGUUUCAUCCUCAGACGAAGAUCAAGUAUAUCUCCGUCGGAAACGAGAUUCUGCUCACCGGAGAUAAUAACAUGAUCAACAAUCUUCUGCCGGCGAUGAGGAAUCUUAACACUGCUUUGGUUCGUGCUGGUGUCAGAGAUGUUAAGGUGACAACCGCACACUCACUUAACAUCAUAGCCUAUGACCUGAACGGUGCACCAAGCAGCGGUCGAUUCAGACCUGGCUGGGACAAAGGCAUAUUGGCUCCAAUCCUAGCUUACCAUCGCCGUACCAAGUCUCCUUUCAUGAUUAACCCUUACCCUUACUUCGGUUUCGACCCCAAAAACGUCAACUUCGCCAUUUUCCGUUCACCGUACAAGGCCGUCCAUGACCCGUUCACCCGCAAAGUCUACACAAACAUGUACGAUGCUCUCAUGGACUCGACUUACUCCGCCAUGAAGGCUCUUGGCUACGGAGAUGUUAACAUCGUCGUUGGCGAAACCGGCUGGCCAUCAGCCUGCGACGCACCUUGGUGCUCCCUGGAAAACGCCGCUUGGUUCAACCUCAACAUCAUCAGACGUUCACAAGGCCAAGGGACACCUCUCAUGCCUAACAGACGGUUCGAGACUUACAUUUUCGGUCUCUUUAACGAAGAAGGCAAACCCGGUCCGACCGCAGAGCGAAACUGGGGGCUUUUCAGAUCGGAUUUCUCACCGGUUUACGACGUUGGUCUCCUCCGUAACGGACAAGGCGGCGGAGGCGGCCGUCCAGCAUUGCCCGCGCCUAGUACCGGCGGUGGUAAAUGGUGUGUGGCUAAGUCGGGAGCGACUGAUGCGCAGCUGCAAGGGAAUAUUGAUUGGGUGUGUAGUCAGGGAGGCGUUGAUUGUAAACCGAUCCAAACCGGUGGUUCGUGCUAUAACCCGAGCAGCGUGAGGACGCAUGCGUCAUUUGUGAUGAACGCUUAUUUCCAGAAAAACGGACGCAAUGACGGGUCGUGUAAUUUCAGCGGAACCGGAGUCGUCGUAGGGAACAACCCAAGCAAUGGUGCUUGUAGGUACUAAGAGAUUUGUCUGUCUAUGGUAGCACUUGUUUGGGAAAGUCCUAACUUAAUGGAACUUUGGGUUGGAGAGAUUCAUCGGCUUUUGUGUUUUAAUUUCGGAUAUUUUGAUUUUAAUGUUUUUAAAAAAUUCAUUCCUUUUUUUUUUGUAAAUUCUUGAAUAAAUAAAGGGGUACUUCUCUUAAUAUUUGCUUCAGACUCACGCUUGAACGCAUUGAUUUAUGUGUCUUUAUGGUCCUUAUGUUUGAUUUAGAUGGUCCAUCAACCUAUAAAGCAAUGUAAACGUUAGAACAUCUUUAUCAGCAAGAUAAUUAUGUCUUCCAGGCCAUAAGAUUAGCAGCACUAGUCGAUUUUUUUUUUCUAAAUGCUGAUUCCUCGGCCAAUCAUACUUUGGUGAUUUAACAUAAGUAUGUAUUCGGGUCCAUAAUCGAAAUUUAAGUUACAAAAAUUUCCAAAUGUAAUUACUCUUUGAGAUAUGAAUCGUUAAUAUUAUUAUUUAGUAUUAAU